CUUGUUUCAGUUCCUAAAUGGAGGACUUCGUAAGGACUCUUGUCUGCAAGGACCCGAUUGUUUCAUGUGUUGGGAAAAUUGCGAACUGCUCCAGUCGAACUUCCAAGUCUGGGGCGAGAUGUGCGAAGAGAAAGAAAUUUGCUUCCCUGGCUGUCAACAAGCGUGCAAAUUCCACCAACAAGCCUUCCUAACCACUCAACCAGUAACCCACACAAAAGGUGAAGCAGUCAUCCAGGUUUCCGAUGCCAGAGCCCAAUGGCCAGCUCCCACCAAUCCCCAAACCCCAAUAGUUUAUGUGGUAAUGCGCAAAAGCCAAUCUGGACCUUGGAGGCAAAUAAUCCAGACCCUGGAUUCAUCUACUAGAGUCCCAAUGGAUCAAGGCAAUGCUUUAUUAAGAGUCCUUGUAGUUGACCCACAAGGAUUGUUAACAAUUUACAGUCCUAUAGAUUCAAAGAAAUCAGGCAAAAAAACCAAAAAAAUCAACACUGAAAUAAUCAAAACAACUACAAGGAGUAGUAAUGAAGAUGCAUGGGUACUAAAAGAAAUAUCUUUGAUUCACCAAAAAGUCUUAGUAAUAGGAGAAAUCGCUUGGGAACCAAAAAGCCUUAGAGGAGUUUACUUGGUCACAUGGGAAGUAGAUGGAGGAGGUCUUAAAGGCAACCUCUUUACUGAUUCAACUUGUGUCACUCUAUCCUUAUGGCCAGAUACAAUAUACCACAUCCAAGUUGAACUAGUAUCCAGAAUUCCUGGUGUUGAAAACCUCAAGUCGCAAAUGAUGGAUUUGGACACUAGCAGGGCGCAAAAAGUAUCCACAGAAAGUCAACAAGAAGAACUAAAGUCGCCGCUUUUGUCGGUACUAUUUAGUGCGGUACGUGGUGAAAAGAUUGAUAAAAGUGCGCAGUACUACAAGGACAUUGCAGCUGCGUUGGUUGAGUGUUUUGGAAUGUUGAUUGUGCUGAUUUUUGUGUUUGUAACGUUGAGGAAGUGCCGGAAUAUGUAUGUAAGGAGGAGGAUGGACAGGCGGAAGCUGCGAGAGGAUUAUUCGGCAUCUUAUCCAGAUCGUCCGCCAAUCGUAACCGUCCUCGAACCGCCGCCAUUUCCGCCCUGCUGCGACCAAUCGCAGCCCAGCUUGUCACACGUUUGA